GUCUUCACAACAGCAACGCUGGAGGGGAGACAGCAAACAACGACUUUCUCUCUCUCUCUCUCUCUCUCUUUCUGUCUCUCUGUCUUCGACUCCAGGUUGGUCCAUUGACUUGAAAACCAAAAGCGAGCCCGGUGGCUCGCUUAAACUAUUAAACCUCUAAUCCCUCCAUUCCACCAAUCUCUCUUAAUUCUUCUUUUCUCUCCGAUCACACAUUCUUGAGAAGAAUUCUCAGGCAUUCCCGCGAAUCGAAUUCCUGGUCCACACAUGUCAAAAACCUGAAUACAAAACAGCAAUUUUUUUUAAUUGCUGUAUUGGAUUCCGAUCCGUAUACGCUGCGACGGCAGAACCCUAGCCGGCGAAGGUGAUCAGGAUCCAGCAUGUCUUCCAAGACUCUGCCUUACUCCAACAAAGAUGUUCACUACGACAACGCCAAGUUCCGCCAUCGUUCCCUUUUCAAGGUCAUUACUCAGACUUUUCUCACCAGUAAUGUAAAGCAUAACUGUAUAAGCUGUAGCACAGGAAAGUUUCUAAUGUUAUUAAUGAUAUUAGGUAUAGCAUGUCUUAUGCUGACACGUUCAAGUCCUUCCCAGUCUGUUAACCAUGGACUAGCCAAUGAUACUAGGAUUAAGAAAGAUGGUAACGUCGUUUUCAGUGGUGGCAGCAGACUUGGAAAGUUUUUCAGAAAACCACCUAGGCUUCCUCCUCAAUUACCUCCUGGUGGAAGAGGUAGUAUCAACUCUGCUAGGCAAAAAAAAGUUAAGGAGGCUUUUCUCCACGCGUGGUUGGGCUAUAAAAAGUAUGCAAUGGGUUAUGAUGAACUUAUGCCUCUUAGCAGGCAAGGGACUGACGGGUUAGGUGGUCUUGGUGCUACUAUUGUGGAUGCUCUUGAUACUGCUUUGAUAAUGGGUGCUGAUGAAAUUGCUUCUGAAGCAGGCACAUGGAUUGAAACGCACCUAGCAAGUAGGAUUAGUGAAAAGGGCCAAGUCAAUUUAUUUGAAACUACCAUACGUGUUUUAGGUGGUCUUUUAAGCGCAUAUCAUUUAACAUCUGCGGACAAUGGGAUGAAUUCAACAUCUAGAGGGCCUAAUGCAACCGUGUAUUUAGAAACUGCUAAAAACUUGGCUGAUCGCCUGCUUUCUGCUUUUACUUCUAGUCCAACUCCUAUCCCCUUUAGUGAUGUUGUUCUCCGUGAUUCUUCAGCACAUGCAGCACCUGAUGGGUUGAGUAGUACUUCAGAAGUUUCUACUUUACAGCUUGAGUUCAAUUAUCUCAGUACUGUUUCUGGUGAUCCUAAGUACAGUGUUGCAGCCAUGAAAGUCUUGGAACACAUGAAGACUCUUCAAAAGGUGGAAGGACUAGUUCCAAUUUAUAUUAGCCCUCAUUCUGGUGAAUUUAGUGGAGAGAAUAUUAGAUUGGGAUCUCGUGGCGAUAGCUACUAUGAGUACCUAAUUAAAAUUUGGCUUCAGCGUGGUUCAAGUCAAGAUAGUAAUCUGACAUAUCUUCACAACAUGUACGUGGAAGCAAUGAAGGGCGUCAGGAACCUCCUUGUUCGGAAAUCAAUCCCAAAUGGGUUGGUUUUUGUUGGAGAAUUGCCUUAUGGCUCUAAGGGUUCAUUUAAUCCAAAAAUGGAUCACCUGGUGUGCUUCUUGCCCGGUACUCUUGCACUUGGAGCAACGAAAGGCAUUACAAAGGAAAAAGCUUUGCGAGACAAUUUGCUCAACUUUGAAGACCUGGAAAAUUUGAAGCUUGCUGAAGAUUUGGCUAAAACAUGCUUUGAGAUGUAUUCAGUAACGUCUACUGGUCUUGCCCCCGAAAUAGCUUACUUUCAUACAGAGGAAUAUUUUGAAGGAAAUCUUGAUGGUGGCAACAAGAGUUCAAAAUAUGUGAAUGACAUCAUAAUCAAACCUGCUGAUCGUCAUAAUCUCUUACGUCCUGAAACUGUUGAAUCAUUGUUUAUUUUGUAUCGCAUCACCGAAGAUCCAAAAUAUCGCGAAUGGGGUUGGCAGAUUUUUGAAGCCUUUGAGAAAUUCACAAGAAUUGAUGCUGGUGGAUACACUUCUUUGGACGAUGUUACUACACUUCCUCCACAGAGAAGGGACAAGAUGGAGACAUUCUUUUUAGGCGAGACACUAAAGUAUUUAUAUUUAUUGUUUGGAGACAGCUCUAAUAUUCCUUUGGACAAGUUCGUAUUUAACACAGAAGCUCAUCCUAUUCCAAUUGAAGGCACUUCCAUGAAAAAAUGAUUGAUUCUUCAUUUCAUCUAAAGCAUCAAUGCAGAGGAAAGAAUUUAAAGACAAAGUAUAUGGUCGGGCACAAACUUAAUUGCUUCUUUUAGAGUUACUGCUAUAUAUGUUACAUUGAUCAUGGGCACAUCUGAAUCCAAAAGCUAAGAGUGCCCAGUUGACGUAUUGCAGGAAAUGUGUUAGCGACCAAAUGUGCAUUCUUCUAUACACCUAGAAAAGCCAACCAGAAAGGAAAAUUUUCCUGGACUUUCCUAUACUUAUGGCACGGCAUGUAACAAGACAUAGAUGUAUUGACUUUUAUGUUUUGAAUAAUUAUUGGAUAGGGUAUUACCCUUCAUGAGA